GUUGCAUUCGAUAUCCGGUUUGAGUAUGUCGAGCCCCGAGAUUGUGUUCUUCGACUUGGAGACCACGGUGCCCGUCAAACCGGGCCAAUGGUUUUGUAUCCUCGAGUUUGGAGCAAUUGUGGUUUGUCCGAGAAAAUUGGUCGAGUUGGAGAGCUAUUGCACUCUCAUUCGGCCGGAAGACUUGACGGUUGCGCCAAUUAGGUCUGGGCGAGAAAAUGGAAUAACACGCCGGGACGUGGCGAAAGCCCCGUCUUUCGAUGAAGUUGCGGAUGAUAUUUUUACCGUACUUAAUGGGAGAAUAUGGGCCGGCCAUAAUAUUCAACGAUUCGAUUGCAUUCGGAUUAAGGAGGCAUUUGCGCGGAUUGGUUGCUCGGCGCCCACUCCCGUCGGGAUCAUUGAUUCGUUGGGAGUGUUGACGGAGAAAUUUGGGAGAAGAGCGGGAAAUAUGAAGAUGGCGACAUUGGCCGAUUAUUUUGGUCUUGGCCAACAAAAGCAUAGGAGUUUGGAUGAUGUAAGAAUGAACUUGGAAGUCUUGAAGCAUUGCGCCACAGUGCUUUUUUUGGAAUCAAGUCUCCCUCCUAGUUUAUACGACACGCGAUGGCACAAUACCUCAACCGUAACCACAAGAAGCCGGAGUCUAAUGCAAUCAAAUCGAGACAACAUGAACUUCAAAACACCGGAUGUAAAAGGGAAAUCAGUCGUUAAGGAAGAAACAAUAAGCCGAAAGUCACCUCCAUCGACUUCUACUUCUUACCAUCAACGGAUGGUUCCUUACACGAGAGGGCGUCUCGGAAAGGUGACCGAGAGCAUGAAGAAUGUCCUAAGUUACGCCAAAAGCCGGCCGCUAAAUGAGUUCUUGAAACACUCUCAACCGUUGCUUCGAUAAAAAAAAAAAAAAAGAAGAAGAAAAAAAGAAGAAAAAUAA